AUGAGUAAAGUCAAGAACUUGUCGGAAGACUCGCUGAAAGAUGCGAAACUAUCACCUAUUGAAGGAGAAGUGAUCCAUGUGUCAACCAGCAUGGAGAUGCUGGACCUCGAAGACGAGCCUGGCAGGCUUAAGAGGGACUUCAAGGCUCGCCAUGUCAACAUGUUGGCCAUUGCGGGUGCUAUCGGAACAGGUCUCAUCAUUGGCUCCGGUACAGGGUUGAAAAGGGGAGGUCCUGCGUCGUUGUUUCUCGGUUAUCUCUUUACUGGCUCCCUCCUGAUGGUUGUUCUGAUGUCGUUAGGUGAAAUGGCUGCGUUUUCUCCAAUGGAUAAGGCCUUUUCCGGGUACCCUUCACGGUAUGUUGACCAGGCCUUGGGGUUCGCUGCCGGAUGGAACUACUUCUUCAAGUACGCCAUUGUGUUACCUGCCAAUUUGACGGCAGUUGGAUUGAUCAUCCAGUACUGGCGUAAGGACCUGAACGUUGGUAUCUUCAUCACUGUGUUCCUGGUGGCCAUUAUAGUCGUCAAUUGGUUUAACGUCAAGUUUUAUGGCGAGCUGGAGUUCUGGUCUGCUGCUGCUAAACUCAUCACCCUCACCAUAUGUUUCAUCACGUGUAUUGUGAUUACAUGUGGGGGAUCCCCAACUAACCAGACCAUUGGCUUCCAGUAUUGGAGAGAAGAGGCCUUCCAGGAGUACCUUGUUGACGGUGGCACUGGUAGGUUCCUUGGUUGGUGGGCAUGUGUUAUACAGGCAUGCUUUGCCUACGUGGGCUCAGAGGCAGUGGGCGUGGUGUUUGGUGAAACACCAGAUCCAAAGAAGAACAUUCCAAAAGCUUCCAAACAGGUGCUAUUUAGAAUAGCAUUCUUCUACAUCUUUGGUGUUUUCAUCUUGGGCCUUGCCGUCUCACCAACAAAUCCACUCCUAGCACAAGCUUCAGGAUCAAACGCUUCUGCAUCGCCAUUCGUCAUUGCAAUCAAAACAGCUGAGAUCAAAGUGCUUCCAGGGUUCAUCAAUGGUUGUUUGCUCAUCUUCGUCGGGUCUUCUGCCAACACAGACUUGUACUUGGGUUCCAGAACACUCUAUGGCUUAGCAAAGGACAACUUUGCACCAAAGAUAUUCCUGAAGCUCAACAGUAACGGUGUGCCAUUCAUUGGCUGUGUCUUCACAGCCCUGUUUGGAUUAUUGGCGUAUAUGAACUGCUCUGAUUCAUCAGCAGUGGUUUUCGGCUAUUUCUCUAGUGCCGUGACAGUCUUUGGUAUCCUCAAUUGGUUGAACAUUAUGAUUGCAUACCUUGGCUAUUACCAAAUGACCGUAGUGCAGAAGGUGAGCCGUGAUGAUAUUCCCUUUCGUAUGUGGGGCCAGCCUUAUACAGCUUACUACGCCAUCGGCUGUAUAUCCUUGAUAACCUUCUUCAACGGUUACAAUGCCUUCAUUACGUCCUUCCAUUACAAGAGCUUCAUCACAUCUUAUAUCGGAAUUGCAGCAUAUUUGAUCAUGAUUGCCUUCUGGAAGCUCUAUCACAAGACUCAGAGGGUGAGCUCUGAUGAUGCCAAUGCCCUUUUUAACUACAGGAUGUGA